AUGGAGCUGGGAAAAGUGUUCUACAGGAGUGAGGUAUCCAGUCUGCCUGGAGUGAGUGGGAGAAACAUACUCAGGGGUAUUGGAGGUGAGAGUGUUCCUCGCCUGCCAAGUGUUCCUACCGAGCAAAGCCCAGGCCUAGGGCUGGAAGCUUUAGCUCCAAAUCCAGCCUGCCUUCCAGCUGUCUGUCUUCACCAGAGUCAGGAGCUUCAGGGUCUCCUAGCAAGCAGUUCACCCCCAGAGGCAGAAGACCGCCAUCCGUGGUGCAAGGCUGCCGCAGACAGGCUGACUGCGCGGUCACGUGAGGCCGAUGGCAAGUCAUGUGACCAGGCUCUCACUUGGGCCCGCAGAGAGGUGUGUUUCCUUGCACGGAGAAAGGACGGGAAGGACAGACACCUGAGGAUCCACAGACCCAGGAGCUCGAGAAGCCGGGGGUCAUCCCGCGAGAGGCAUUCGUGGAGAGAAGCGGCCGUUGCUAUUGGAGAAGGUGGGUGCGAGGCCGGCAUCUGGCCUCCGUGGGAGGUGGUGGCUGAGAUGCGAGUGAAGGAAAUGCCUCGGGCGCUUCUACUCCCUCCUGCCUUCUGUGUUCAGCCUGGGCGUGGGGCCCUGUGCCGCCAGCGCCUCCUGACUCUCUGUUUCUAUGUGCGGAUGGGAACGGUGGGCAUCUGGGCGGAAUAGGCUUCAGAGGAGCCCAGCGAGGGGAAACGGUCAAGUAACAAGUCGUGUUCACCCAUGG